AUUAGGUUAGUAUCAAAUUUGUUCUGAGGGUAUAUCUAGGGAAUGUCGUUGAGGACUUUGGACCCCACGGGGACUGUCUGCAGUUACUACAGGAAAUAAAACGAUAUCCUUGCUUUUCUAUUGGUGGCUUUGGCUUCCCUUUUGAAGCGUUUCCAAACUAGUGGGACUGCCUGUUCUUAUUUCAAGGUCGUGCUUGACAUAUCUUCUAGAAUUUUUCUGGUCAUCAUGUGGUGCACGUGUUGGCGGAUAUGGCACGGUUUUGCUCGUUGAAAAUUCCUUCAGUCCUUACACGGUGCUUCUCCGUAACUACUCCCAAACUGCAAGGAUGCAGUGUAUUAAAUGAUGAGGACGACAUGCUGGCAAAGAAAGUACAACAGUUGUCCAGACGUCCCAUGCAGCCAAUACACUUUGAAGGACUUGCCCACUACUCAAAGAUGCCAGUAGAUCCUGUGUCUUGUGCUCAGUUUUUGCUGAAAGAGAUUCCUGUUCGCGUAGCUCACAUUCUUACAGACAUCAAUCAACUGCCCUAUAUCCUUAGAACGACGUCAUAUUUGAGAGACAUUGCUAGAGACUGUAAGAUCACUUUGGAAGAGUUGCUGAAACUUGGGCCACCAACUGAAGUAGCACUAUUUGUCGAUACUGCCAAAAACAUAUUGCAUCGUGACAGCAGGUUCUUGGACACUUACCAUGAAGGGUUGGUAUACAUGAAAUCAGAGUGUAGAAAAGAUGAGUUUGCUAGUCAACAACAGACAACUCAACAUCACACAGAUCGUUUCAUACAAAUCAGAAUGAGCAUAAGGCUACUUCUUUCACAUUAUUGCUAUUACUUUGACGAAGGGAAGUUUUGUGAUGACGACAAAUUUGAACUGAAAUGUGACAUAAUAAGCAAAAUCAAAAAAGCGGCAUCAGAAGCUCAGCAAUUGACUUCAAGAUACUUUGUGCACUUACCAGAUGUAGACAUGAAUUUUGAUACCACAAGUUUGCCAGACGGCCAUUGUAUAAUUCCAUACGUGCCAAGUUAUCUGUUCCAUGUCAUGCGUGAGAUUUACAAGAACUCAUGCAGAGCAACAGUUGAACAUGGUCAAAAACAAGGGUGUAAUGUCACUACACCAGUGUGGACAAAGGUUUACGAAGAAGAUGAACAUGUUGUAAUUCAGGUAUCAGACAAAGGAGGAGGCAUGAGCGAGAGUGUUCAUAAGCAACUUUUCAACUACAACUUUUCAACUGCCAGUCCAGAUCUGAUGCCCAAUGAAUUUAAUCGUCAACGAAUAGAACCACUGGCUGGACUUGGCAUGGGUUUGAAAGUAGCUCGUCUUUAUACGGAAUAUUUGGGUGGAAAUUUGAAGUUGAGAACAGAGGAGGGCUGUGGUACGGAGGUGUCUUUGUUUCUCAAAAGGCAAAAUACAUCAGAAGUGUUACCAAUGCCCAUCAUCACGUAAAAACUCAUAACCAAACUUUUUUAUAUAAAUAGUACCUUUGCUACAGACACUCUAGUUCUGUUAAUAUUCAGUUAAUAGUUUGGUUGGUGUAUGAGUCAGUAUACAUCGAGUUUACACAAUAUGCUAGAGAAGACAAUACACUGUA